CCAUUCCUCCCCGCAUCUACACCUCUCAAUAUGACUUGGGUUCUUGGCUGGCCUCUCUACGAAGAAGACGCGCUCGGAAUUGCGAAGAAGCAUAACCUUGCUCCUCAAGCGUCAGAUGCUCGACGUAUUCAAGCAGCCGAAAUGUGGGUCGCAGACCAGGUCGGCAUCAUUCGCGCGCUCGGCUGCUGGGUACACGACAGGCUCGAGCUCGUUUAUGCUGCGUAUAUCGACUAUGGGGACAACCGUUACCCACCAACGAAACUCGCUCGCUCGGAACUGCUCACGCAGAAGCAGUUCCGCCGUCUGAAGCAAGCCAUGCCACUCAAGAACUUUGGGUGGUAUCAGCAUAAUGAUCCUUCCUCGACUCUUUACGAAAUUACCAUUUACGAAUACGACGACGUCGAGGGGGAGGAGGAGGAUAGUGAGGAAGGCAGUGAUACUAGUGAUGACGAGAGCAGCGAUGAAGAUUCUGGUGAUGAACAACCCAUGGACGCCGCUGACGACUCGGAUGGCGGAGAUGCCACUGAAAGCAACAACGAGACGGUGACCGACGGUGUAUAAGUAGUCCCUGAUGUGGGGUCUGCAAUUCCUGAGGACACCGAGUCACUACCACGCAACUUCGGAUAGGACGAGCCUCCAUGCUGCGUCCUGUCCGAGCGGGCCUUGCUUCUGACUCUGUCGCGCUGUGCAGGUUCUCCAGCACAUAUUCGGUAUCUCGUCACCAUGCCAUUCAUUGAACAUUCUCCAGACCUUGUGUACACUAACAAUGUCUGAUUAUGUUACUACAUUGCUAUUGACUCCGAAUGUAUUGCUGCCUGACAAGUCG